GGCCCGAGCAUGUGCAGCUGCGGCAGGCACCUGGCAGGGAGCCGCAGCGCCGGGGAUGUGAACCAGGCGGGGAGGAAGGCCCUUGACUCAUCAGAUAAAUCCAGCCCCGCACGGCGAGCGAAGGCGGAGGAGGUGCGGCGGCGCGGCUGUGAGCAGGGGAGGAGGAUGGCGGGGGACAGCGAGCAGCGGCUGGAGGAGCAGGGGCAACCCAGCGGCGGCGAGCCCUUCCUUAUCGGGGUCAGCGGCGGCACGGCCAGCGGCAAGUCUUCAGUAUGCUCCAAAAUCGUCCAGCUGCUGGGCCAGAACGAGGUGGACUACCGCCAGAAGCAGGUGGUGAUUGUGAGCCAGGACAGCUUCUACCGGGUUCUCACCUCGGAGCAGAAAUCCAAAGCACUCAAAGGCCAGUUCAAUUUUGACCACCCAGAUGCUUUUGACAACGAGCUGAUCGUGAAAACACUCAAAGAGAUCACAGAAGGGAAGACGGUCCAGAUUCCUGUCUAUGACUUUGUCUCCCACUCCAGGAAAGAGGAGACGGUGACCGUGUACCCUGCCGACGUGGUGCUCUUCGAAGGCAUCCUGGCCUUCUACAGCCAGGAGGUGCGGGACCUCUUCCGCAUGAAGCUCUUCGUGGACACGGAUGCGGACACCCGGCUGUCCCGCAGAGUGCUACGAGACAUCAGCGAGCGAGGCAGGGACCUCGAGCAGAUCUUAUCUCAGUACAUCACCUUCGUCAAGCCUGCCUUCGAGGAGUUCUGUUUGCCGACCAAGAAGUAUGCUGACGUGAUCAUUCCCAGAGGAGCAGAUAACGAAGUGGCCAUAAACCUGAUAGUGCAGCACAUCCAGGACAUUCUUAAUGGAGGACUCAGCAAACGCCAGAGCAACGGCUACCUGAACGGCUACACUCCUCCGCGCCAGCGGCAGCCCUCAGAGUCCAGCAGCCGGCCUCACUGACGGGCGGAGGUGUGAGGCUGCGGGCCGGGCACCAGGCCCUGCCACUGCCCCUCUGUACAUACUGUCCGUUCGAUACCCCCUUAUCUAUUUAAGAAACCAGACGGAGACAAAUGCCUUUAAUUUUGUAUGUUUGAAAUGCCAAAUGAGAAGCAGCCGGUUUGCUCAGGAGCCCGGACCGCCCACAGCUCCUGGCCUUGCUCAAUAACUCCUCCAUCACGGAACCGGCUAUAAAUCUCUAUAAAUAUAGAAUUGCUCUAUUUUUGUGUAAAUGCAGAAUAACGUAAAAUUACUUGCCGUAAGGUAUUUGCCAGGCUCAGUGUUGCUGGGAGGGGCCGGGAAGAGGGUCCUGGGAGAUGUUGGUGUGAGGAUCUUCACCUCAAAGUCGGUAAGGAAGGAAGAGCAUUCAGCAACGGCUUUAGUAUCGCAGGUCUCCAUCCCAGAGAAGGACUGGGCUGUGGUGGAGGUGGCAGCUUGAGUGUGGCAUGAGUGUUACAGCUGGGCCGGGGUUGCCUCCUCCUGCCAUUGCUGUUCAGGUCUGAGCAACCUGGUGUUGGCUGGCAGGCGCUGGCCAGUGCCACUGGGAGCUAGGAGAAUGAUGUGGAAAUACCUCUCCCUGACUGUCUCUGCACGUCCAAGUCUCAGUCCCUCAACAGCAUCCCAUUCUGUUCUGAAACCCCUUCCCACCACAGGUGUGGGGCUGCUGUCACACCCUCCAGCAAGGACCUGGUAGGUGGUGCUGGGAGUGUGGUUAUACAGACACGGCAUCUUGCAUUUUUAGCAGUCUCACUGCCUGGCGUGUGUGGGGCAACAUGUGGAUACCUUCAGUCCCUCUGGAGUUUGGUGGCUGUGUCUGUGGUGGCACUGCUACUUGAGCCCUGAGCUCAGCCCUGAGCCUGGAGGUUGGCUUGCAGGCCAGAGGUGUGCCUGUCAUUCCUCACUUGGAACAGUUCUGCUCUUGUGUGGGGGAUUUGGGGUCUGCAACAUACAGCUAAGGGGGAACCAGCCUCUUCUAAAAGAAAGGGGCAAUAAAUUUUAAAAGGCAGCUGAGGGGCUCAGCAGUGUGUGGUGAUCCUGGGGCUGCUUGGCAUCCCUACGUGCCAUCCACAGGCCCCAGCGGGGUAGUGUGAAACUAGGUGCCCAGAAGUCCUCUGCUCCCCUUUUUCAGAGCAUGCUGUUGCCUGACCUGUGUCCCUUUCAUUGUGUCCUGGCGGACAACACUGUCCCUGCAGUGUGUUGUCACGAGGGCUCCUCAGGCAUGCCCUCCCAUGCCCAGGGUGAGAAUUAGUCUCCCCUAAUCUAGUAGUGUUACAACAGCUGUGUCUGGGGGUCCUGGUGGGGUUGUACUGCAGAUCUGGGGAUUCCUGGGGAGCAAGGUGAGGCAGUUGGGCUGGGGCAGGGGCUUGAUGGGAGCCAGUGGAGGGAAUGUAGUGGGAUAGUAGCCAGGAAAGAUGCUUUGCCCCACGCUGCUGAGACUGACUUCCCCUACUGGAAACAAAAUUUCGUAGGCAUCCAUCCCACAAAGCCUGGAGCAGGAAUCCUUAGACUUGCUCUCUCUGAUGCUUUUCAGUCUUUCCAGAGCAUUGGUUUUGCCCUGUAUGGUUAAAAGUUUAAGACCUUAGACCAUGCUCUGUUGCUCUCCAGCCCGAUGUGAGCUGAGACAAGCUUUGGUCUUUGUGCAGAGAACAAGAAAGGAAACACCUCCCCCCAGUGACUGGUGCUGGGGCAAACUGGUUCCCUCUUGGUCUGUGAUGGGGGCACAUGACAGCCGUUUAUCCCCCUCCCUGUCUUCCAGCACUCCCCAGGGCAUGUCAGUUUUGCCAUAACCAAGGGCUGGCACUGGCUAAUUCUACGUAUUGCCAUAGGUAAGAGGGAUCACAGCCCUUCAGAGCUGGUGAGGCUUCUCGGGGCUUAAGCAGCUGAGACAGCCCUCAAGAUAAAAUAGUGGCCUCCUCUCCCCAGUGAAUAAA